GAGACAAGAGGCUGCAUCCGGUGGUCCGUGUCACCGGAACAGCGGAACGCUGGUACUGUCUCCUGAAGCGGAGGGUCAGGCAGCGAUUGCGGCGGACUGAAGGGUCGUGGCCGGUCAGAUUCUCGGCCCGCAGGGUCGGAUCGGUCGCCCCCGCAGUUAUCUAGAGACUGUCGCUUGCAGAGAGAGAGUAUCCUGUGCGACCAGUUGGAGUAAAAUUUAGUGACAUUUCCCCUUAACCGCGGCAGCGUCACCCACACAGCUGACCUAAGACUGCUGGAGUUAGUCUCAUCUUUAAAACCUUAGCUAAUUAUCAUCAGAGGGCUUGAUGGCCUUCAGUGAUGGGAAUGUGGUAGCUAGCCUUCUUCGCCUGGGAGACACCCCACAGAGACACCCUAGGAACUUUGCCAUUGUACCCCAUAAACUUCGUUGCUAAAACCAAGACUAUGAAGUAUUGAUGUUAAUCCGGCAUCUCCGCGUCCCUUGUUUCUAGAUAUGGAUCAGAAACUUUCACAGUUGAUAGAGGAGCUCACAACUUCAGGAGAAUCCCAACUGAAUGCUCAGAAAAUGAAGGAACUGAAGAAAAUUUGCAAGUAUGUAUUUAGGCUAAAUGUGCCAUAAUAACUGAUCCACCGAGCACCCACACCGAGGAGAUUGUGGGGUUCCCGGGAGGGCCCUUUGUCUUCUUGUACAUCUCUGCCACCUGCUUUCGCCCAGAAAGGAAUUAUCUGAUAACCAGUGGUGGCACUUGCCUGUUGUGAGGUAGAGUCAGGAGGACCAUGAGUUCCAGGCAGGGUGGGCUAUGUAGUAAGGUCUUGUCUCAGAAGUUCUAUAAGGAAGCACUAAAGGAGUUCUGGGGCUGUAACUCUAGUGUACCUGGAUCCAGAAUGUAGCACAGACUCUGAACUUGAUACCUCUGACCAUUUCUGUAUGUUAGAAAGCAAUCACAUGUCAGUAAAAGUAUAUCAUCUUCUUUCCUGUUGGAGUAGAGUUCAGGAUUGUGUCAGUGACUUUGGCCUCCCCACCCCCACCUCUAGGGAUGAGCUCAGGAGCCUCAAGCAUGCUAGGUAAACUGUGGCACUGAGCUACCUCUAUUUUUACUCACCCUUCUUCCCUCCCUCCCUCCCUUCCUUUGAGACAGAUUCUCAUGUAACCCAGGUUGACCUCUCACUAUGUAGCUUUGGCUGGCUGUGCAGUUCUGAUCUUCCUGCUUCCACUUACCAAGUGUUCCUUUGGGGUCAUAGGCAUGUGCCAUCGUAGAACCUUAUCUUUAAGUUAGUCAUUCUCACCCCUAUUCAUCCUUCUGGAGAAAGCACGGCGAUUCAUUACCUUGGCCACUAAUGAUCCUUUGUUUACAAGAUGAGAGAACUUAAGUGAUUCUUUCUGGAGUGGUAGAAUAUUUACAUUGCAAUAAAAACUCUACUCCAGAGAUGGUUUAACUGUGCACCCCAGAAAACCCCCCAAGUAUAAUUUACACAGGUAUUGUAAUGGGGGUAGAGAACUUUGAGAACCUUUUGCUCCAUUUCCUGUAGAGAAGGCUGGUCUGUACACCCAGGCCUGUCCUGGGGUUCAGAGGGCACCUCAGAAGGGGUUCUAGACUUUUUAUGUGGAUAGUAGCAGACAAAGCAAGAAAAUUUAUUAAGAGUUAGUAUCCUUCCAAGAGAGAAAGCUGGCUCAAGCAGGGAAAAAGUUUAACAUCUCAAAUGUCUCUGCUAUACCAAGAGCUGGGCUUAUUGUAUAUUACUGUGAGCUUUUGCUGUUCUCCCUGUUGUAUUUCUACAUUACUACCACCUGCUUUCCAUGUCUGAUGGUUUGAAUGAGAAUGACUCGUGUGUUUGAGUGCCUGGCUCCCAGAUGGUGGAAUGGUUUGGGAAGGAUUAGAAGGUAUGACACACCUUGUUGGAGGAGGUAUGUCAUUCAUGGUGGGCUUUGAGGGUUUAAAAGCCUACUCUGUUCCUAGUUAGCUUUCUGCUUCCUGUUAUCCCAGGAUUUGAGCUCUCAGCUAUUGCUCCAGCACUGUGCCCAUCUGUCUGCUGCCAUGUAUCCCACCAUGAUGUUCAUGGACUUACCCUCUGAAACCGUCUUCAGAGGAGCAGCUGAGCCAUGCCUACCGCCUGCUAAUGACACAGCUGACCCAGGACCACGCUGAGAUCCGCCUCUCAGCCUUCCAGAUCGUGGAUGAGCUCUUCACCCGGUCCCAUCAGUUCAGAGUGCUGCUUGUUUCUGACUUCCAGGAAUUCCUGGAGCUCACACUGGGCACAGACAAUGACCAUCCCUUGCCACCCCCUCGGGAGGCAGCUCAGAGGCUAAGGCAGGCAGCCAUGCAAGCUGUGGAAGGUUGGAAUGAGAAGUUUGGGGAAGCCUAUAAGAAGCUAGCCUUGGGCUACCACUUCCUAAAACACACCAAAAAGGUGGAUUUUCGGGAUAUAAAUGUUAGGACUCUGGCAGAAAGGAAGCGAGAAGAGGAGAAGCAGAAGCACUUGGAUAAGAUCCACAGAGAAAGUGCUGACCGGGCUAAGAGGGAGAUGGAAGAAAUGUCUGAUGAAAUUGGAUGCUGCCUGACAGAAGUGGAGAACUGCUUUAGGCUGCUGGUGCCCUUGGAUUUGGGCCCGUACCGAGAGGAUAAGUUCUUUGGUGAGGCAUCUGGCAUAGCAGAGGACCAUGCUCCUUGCGCCUGGAGCCCAGACCUGGCAACUCCCCGAGGGUCUGGUCUCUCUGGACCCCAGGAUGAAGAGCAGCCAUGCUGUAGCAAGGACCUGGUUGCCUCUGCACACCAUGCAGGAUCUGCAGUUGGUCUGAAGGCACCAGCCCCAGCAGCCACGGAAGACCCCUGCAGGGAUGAAGACAGACACAGCGAACACAGCGACCCAGAGGAUUUCCUGCGGAGCCAUGGGCUGGGCUCCCACAAGUACACGCUGGACGUGGAACUCCCCUCAGACGGUCUGAAGGUACAGGAGAAUGAAGACAACCUGGCCGUGCUCCACGCUGCUCGAGACUCGCUCAAACUCAUCCAGAACAAGUUUCUGCCAGCGGUGUGCUCCUGGGUCCAGCGGUUUACCCGUGCAGGGAUCUACAGUGGACAUUUAAAGCAGGCCAUUGACCUGAAAAUGGAACUGGAACUUGCUCUGAAGAAAUAUGAAGAACUGAACAUUGAGCCUGGGAGAGGACAAAGGAGCAGGACAGAAGCACUGGAGGACAGUGAGGAGGAGGACCAGGACUUCGUGGAGGUUCCAGAGAAAGAGGGUUACGAGCCUCGAAUCCCCGACCAUCUACGAGCUGAAUAUGGGCUGGAGCCAAAGGCCCCACUGAAGACUCUGGAGAAACAUACAGCUGUAUGUAGCGUACAGGAGAGGACCAGGAGGAGAAGGGAAGAGGAGGCCUCAGACCCCACCUCUGCAGCUGCCCAGAUGUUGCGGCUCCAGGACUGCUUGUCAUCUCCCUCCUCCUCCUCUACCAGGGGACCUCUGGGACCAGAAGAAGCCCAGAAGCAAGCGGAGCGAGCCCGAGCACCCAUGGUGCCCUUCGGAGUGGACCUGUGCUACUGGGGCCAGGAGCAGCUAACAGCUGGGAAGAUUCUUAAAUCCGACUCUCAACACCGCUUCUGGAAACCCCACGAGGUAGAGGAAGAGGUGGACAGUGCCCAUGUUUCUGAGAUGCUCCACAGCCGACACAUUACCUUUUCUGGGAAAUUCGAGCCUGUGCAGCACAAGUGCCGGGCCCUCAGGCCUAAUGGCAGGCUCUGCGAGCGCCAGGAUCGGCUGAAGUGCCCGUUCCAUGGGAAGAUCAUCCCCAGAGAUGACAAGGGGCAGCCUCUCAACCCUGAAGACAGAGCCCGUGAACAGAGGCAGCAGCUUCAGCAGCAACGGGCACAUCCAGAUUGGCAGGACCCUGAGUUUAUGAAGGACGUGGAGGCAGCCACAGGGGUGGACCUCGGUUCCUCCAAGUAUAGCAAGAAGGGCAAAGGGAAAAAGAAGAAGCACCCCAACCUCACUGACCUUCGAGAACGUGCCAACACUGCCCGAGCCCGCCUUGAGAAGAAGGUCUUUGCCAAAGGAGCUGUGCAGAGAGUAGUUGCUGCCAUGAACCAGAUGGACCAGAAGAAGCACGAGAAGUUUGCAAAUCAAUUUAAUUAUGCACUGAAGUAAAAGGGUGUGGGUGUGGCGAAUGCGCAUGGUCCCCUCUGGCCAUCAGCUCCUUCCUUCCCUUUCAGAGCUCACUGGGAUAGGAAGAAGGGCAGGCUUAAGUCUGAGUAGAAUUAGAGCUUUUUUAUCUGUGUGUAACAAGGGAAGGAUGCACUAAGUACUCUCCAGGAGGCCAGGGGAGGCCAGGGUUUGAGCCCAACUGUUUUAACCACACGUGUGGUACCACACCUGUAAUUGCAACACUUGGAAGACAUAAACAGGACCGAGGCCAGUAUGAAGUACAGAGCAAGACUGCUUGACAAACGAGAACAAAAAGCCAGAUGAGGAGAUGCACACCUGUAAUCCUCACUCAGGAGGCAGCGCAGGGAGAGCAGCACGAGCUGAAAGCUAACCUAGUUGCCAGGCAUGGCGGUGCGCUUCUUAAUGCCAGCACUCAGAAGGCAAGGCAGGUGGGUCUCUGUGAGUUUGAGACCAGCCUGGUCUACAGAGUGAGUUUCAAGACAGAGAAACCCUGUCUUGAAAACAAACAAACAAACAAACAAACAGCUAACCUAGUCCAAGUUGUAAGUUCUUGCUGAGGGUGGGAGGAAUCCCUUCGGGAUGGUGUACCCGCAUUGGAGUCAGAUUGGGGCAGCCACUCAUCUGGUCGCAGGUCAGUGCUUGAGCAGUGCAUGUGUCCCUGGUGGUGCUAUGUACUUUGUAAUGCCUUCAGGAAUCUGCUCUUUCGUGAUAUGCUGUUUAAUACAAAUGUCCACCUCCUGAUAAAACUCUGUGGACUGGCUCUGUUGGACCCUAACUCACAUGUUAUGCAGUCCCCCUACUUUAUGCACAGAGCUUGACCAAUGACACCAUCUGCUUCCAGAACUUUAUUAUCCUCAGACAAACUGCCCAGCCACCUCUAAGUCCACUUUCUAUCUCCAUGUUUGUGUUUUUUAGAAUAAUUGGGUCUGUGGUUUUUGUUUUUGUUUUGUUUUGUUGAGAUGUGGCAAUGCCAGCUGGUCUCCAACGCACAGAGAUCCUCCUGCCUCUGCCUCUUCAGUACUGAGAUUAAGGGCAUGUGCCACCACUCCUGGCUGAAUGUGGCCUUUUGUUGCUGGCUUCUUUGCCUCUGUUUUUUUUGUUUGUUUGUUUGUUUUUUUGUUUUUCGGAGCUGGGGACCGAACCCAGGGCCUUGCGCUUGCUAGGCAAGCGCUCUACCACUGAGCUAAAUCCCCAACCCCUUGCCUCUGUUUUAAGAUUCUUCCGUAUUGUAAUACCAAUGCUUCAUUCCUGUGUAUUGCACAUAAAAAUCACAGCAGAGGACGAGGGGAACCGCUCCGCAGAUAAAGCACUAGCCAUGCAGUUAUGAGGACUGAUUGGACUCCACACCACCCAUAAAAACCAAGUGGUUGUGCACAGGUUGCCUCUGCCUCCCGAGUCCUGGGACUAAAGGCGCCACCAAGGCCUGUGUCCAUGGGUCCAUUAUUGAUGUUUGGUCUGUUCCUACCUUAGGGCUGCUGUGAAUAUCUGUGCUUGAGUUUUUGUGCAGAUAACUGGUUUUGCUAAUCACUGAUGCAUAUAGUAACUUCUCUCUAUGAACUAAACUGUCGAAUGGUGGCACCAUUUACACUCACCAGUGGUUCCUGAGGGCUCUGUGCCGUCACUGGCUGUCUUCGUUUCUUUUGCUUUUUUGAGACGUCUGCAUGAGAGUACUGUGUUCACAUCAUUUCCACCCCCCCUGCCCUCUCCAGAGGUCUCUUCCUCAUCAUCAUAUGAAGAUAGCUGUUGUCAUCUUCAGCAGUAAGGUCUUACCUUCAGGUUCUGUUAGGCAGCUAAGGGCAGCAGCAUUAGCCUGUAUUAUUUUGGUGGUCUCUUAACGCCCUGGCCUCAACCUGGGAGGUUUCUGUUCAUGCACAUGAAGUUUUGUUAGUGUCUACUUAAAGACAAAAAAAAAUCACAUGAUUAUCUCAAUAGAUGCAGAAAACACCUUUGACAAAAUCCAAUAUGGCUUCAUAAUAAAACUCUUAGGGAGACUAGGAGUGGAAGGAACAUGUAAAGGAAAAAAAAACCUAUCAAAACGACAACUAAUUUCUCAAUGGAAAUUGUAAAAAGCAGAAGAGUCCGGACCAGGGGACUUCAAGGUCUAAAAGACCAUGGAUACUCAGCAAAUUUUUCUGCCAUAGUUGAAGGAGAAAGAAAAAUGUUCCGUAUUAUAAACAAGCCAGAAGAAUUCACGUCCACCAAAUUGCCCUACAGAGAAUACCUGAAGCAAUCAAUACUUGAGACUGGAGAAGGCCGAGGAUAAUGGGAAGCAAGUGAAACUGUGAUUACGGAAGCACAAAAGGAUGAAUGCAGAGAACCAACCACUGGAGCCAGCGCUCACCUUUGACCUCAGCUCCCAUGCUUGACAGUGGGUAGCUGGAUGGACUGAGAACUCCGCUUUAUAGACUGGGGCCACCUUAAAGCUUAAGGAUGGAGAAAAGGAUCCCAGCAAAUGCAAACAGGAAGGGAGGGGCGCCACUGCCUUUUCACCUUGUCUUAUUUUUGAGACUGUCUUCUGUGCAGUCCUAGCCUGCUAUGUGAACCAGGUGGGCCUUGAACUCAGAGAUCUGCCUGCUUCUGCCUUCCAAGUGGUGGAAUUAAAGACAAAGGCUCUUCAUCCUAAUCAAGAGAACAGUCGGCCGCCAAUACAUUACAGUUCUGCAUGCACCAAACUCUAACACACCCAAUUUCAUAAGAAACAGCCAUUAACUUAAAGAUACAGAUUCGCCAGUUCUGUAUUAGUGGGAGAUUUCUGUACCCUGCUUUCUCCAGAAGACAGGUCAUCUUCACUAAAGAAUAUACAUUCUACACAGCAGGCCAAAUACCUAAAAUAGAUCAUAUUGGCCAGGAGGUGGUAGUCCACACUUUUACUCCAACCCUGUCUCAAAAAUAAAAAAUAAAAAUAAUAAAAUAGAUCAUAAUUUGACACAAAAUGUAUCUUAACAAGUUCAGAAAAAUUGAAAAAAGUUAGUGUAAUCUAACCACAGUGCAAUAAGGCUUCAGCUCAAUAACAAACAUAUCCCAGGAGAUCACACAAAUUGGUGAAGGGUAAACAGCACAUUACUAAGUAAUACAUGUGCCUAAAGGAUCAGCAAAAGGUUUUAAUCCUGAAGUCAAAACUGAAAAUGAGGUCUCUGGAUACAUUGAAUGGAGUCCUAUGAGGGACUAACUCUACCUAUUAAAAAUCUGAAGAAAAAAGACCCACAAAUAAAUGACUUAAUGAUGUAAUUCCAUGAUUUGUAAAAGCAAGAACAAACCAAAAUUGAGGAGAGAGAAAUACAUAGGAAAAAAACAACAUAAAUUAAUGAAAUUGAAAGAAAAAAAAUCAAUGAAUCUAAGAGCUGGUUCUUUGACAAGCCAUUGGCAGAUCCAGCUAACCAAUUAACCAAAACCAAAACCAACAAAAAUAAAGAUGUGAUUCAAAUUAAUAGAGUUGAAUGGAACCAUCACAACACCAAUGAAAUUUAGAGUACUAUAAAGGAAUAUUUAAAAACCUCUUCCCCAUUAAGUUAGAAACUCUAAAGAAGUGCACAAGGCACACGUGUGGUGCGCAUACGUGCAAGCAAAAUGCUCAUAUGAAUAGUUUUUUAUUUAAAAAAGGAAUGGAGGGGGUUGGGGAUUUAGCUCAGUGGUAGAGCGCUUGCCUAGCAAGCACAAGGCCCUGGGUUCAGUCCUCAGCUCUGAAAAAAAAAAAUUUACAAAAAAAAAAAAAAAAAAAAAAAGGAAUGGAUGGAUUUCUACAUUAGCCCAAAUUACCAAAGGUAAACUGAGAGCGACAACUUGAACAGACCUGUAACAUUGUGCUACCAAACCCUCCCAAAAAGACCCAUAGCAAAUAAGGAGAUUGGAACAGUGGGAAAAAGAAAUCUUAAACAAAGGAAAAGGGCCUAGGCCCAGAUGGAUUCCCAAGAAAAUUCCACUAGACUUUCACAGACCUACAGCCAAUACUUAAAUUUAAAAAAAUAAAAACAGCUUCUUUCCAUGAAGCCAGUAUUACUUUAAUACCAAAACCAUGUCGGCAACAACAAUAUCUCUGAUAUAAGCAAAUAUCUUUGAUGGGUGUAGGGGUGUAGAUGAAAAAAAUCCAAUAAAAUACUGCAAACUGAAUGCAGGACUGAAUGUAGAUAAUGAACCUUUGAGUCAUGAAAGAGGAUAUAAAGUUAAUUCUUUUUCUAGUUCGUUCGUUCUCUCUCUCUCUCUCCUCUCUCUCUCUCUCCUCUCUCUCUCUCUCCCUCUCUCUCUCUCUCUCUCCUUCUCUCUCUCUCUCUCCCUCUCUCUCUCUCUCUCUCGGUAGUUAAGUGUAAGGAAAGUGUAAGAUCUACCGUGAAGCUUCACAGCUGUUCACUGAGAUGGGUAAGCUUUGGGUCUGGUUAACUUCACUGUGUGUUUUUUUUUUAUAAGUUUUUCAUAAUAAACUUUGCUGUUGUUGGUUUGUUUUUUUUUUUGUUUUGUUUUUUUUUUUGUUUUUUUUUUUGAAGAUUUCUCUGUGUAGCCCCGGCUGUCCUGGAACUCACUCUGUAGACCAGCCUGGUCUUAAACUCAGAAAUUUGCUUGCCUGUCUCCCAGCUGCUCAGAUUAGGGCACGCACCACCACCCACCUGGCUUUGUAAUAAAGUUUUAAUAAUAAUAAAAAGAUCUGUUAUGAUCAUAAUAAAAGUAUAUGAUAAGCCCACAGCUAACAUCAUCCUAGAUGAAAAAUAUGAAGAAAUCCUGCAUUCCAAGCUGUCUUACAGAGAUAUAGCAAUGGAAAUAGUCUUGUACUGGCAGAAAAACAGAUGUGCAUCCACGGAACUAAACAGGCUCAAACGUGAGUGCACAUAGCUACAGCCAGCUACAUCUGACCGAGAUCCCAGACAUACACACUGGAGAAAAGACGGCAGCCUCAACAGACGGGGCUCGGAGACCAGAUGCCCACAUGGACAAGAGUAAACUUAGACGCAUAUCUAUCACGCGCUCAUGUAAGGAAGUCAGAAGAUAAGCCUUCAAGAAUCCAUUCGCUCCCUCCACUGUCCAGGUCCUGGGAUUGAACUCAGAUGGGAAGUUUUAGCAGCAGAUGCCUUUGCCCACUGAACCAUCUCACCAGCCCCAAGGUUUUUCAUCUUCAUAAAGUCCAGUUACAUGUUUAUUUUGUUUCUUGUGCUGUUGGUAUCAUUCCUAAUAUACUAAUUAUAUAUGUGUAUAUAUGCAUAUAAACACACACUGCUUAAUUUAAGGCACAGAGAUUUACUCAAGGUUUUCUGAGACUUUUGUUGUGUUAUUAUUAUUUUUUUUUUUGAAACAGAGUCUCUAUGUAGUCCUAACUGCCCUGGAACUCACUAUGUAGACCAGGCUGGCCUCCAACUAACAGAUAUCCACCAGCCUCUGCUCUCCAAGUGCUGGGAUUAAAAGCGUGUGUCACUACACUCAGCUUU